CCAAUAGCGGGCGGCAACGGGGGAGGGGCGCAGGCAGUGGCACUUCCUGGAGACGAGCCGGGGGAGCUGUGUGGAGGUUCGGCGGCAGCCGCCGGGAUGAAUGUUGGGGUGGCCCACAGUGAGGUAAAUCCCAACACCCGAGUGAUGAACAGCCGUGGCAUCUGGCUGGCCUACGUGAUCUCGGUGGGAGUUCUCCAUAUCAUUCUCCUCAGCAUCCCGUUCUUCAGCAUUCCAGUGGUCUGGACCCUCACUAAUGUUAUACACAACCUGGUUAUGUACUGGUUUCUUCACACUGUGAAAGGAACCCCGUUUGAGACGCCAGACCAGGGCAAGGAUCGCCUGCUCACGCACUGGGAACAGAUAGACUAUGGGACGCAGUGCACCUCCUCCCGCAAGUUCCUCAGCAUCUCGCCAGUAGUUCUUUACCUCCUCACCAGCUUUUAUACCAAAUACGACCCUGCACAUUUUAUAAUCAACACAACGUCCCUCCUCAGCGUCCUCCUCCCCAAGCUGCCUCAGUUCCAUGGCGUGCGCGUCUUUGGCAUCAACAAAUACUAAGACUCAGCGAGCCCAGCGCUGCCAAGCCAGCUGCGAGGGAAGAGGGAGUCCAUCCCAACAGGCUCCUGCUCUGGCAAAGAAGUAAUGAGCCCAGCGUGAAGGUGCUGUCCUGACUGUGAACUAGGGCGGCGGCGCAAGCGAGGGACCAGCCACUGCUUGAGCCCCUUGCAGGGAUUAAGUUACUCUCCCUAGUAAUCAUCGGUAUUUGGGCUUUAUCUUUUGUUUGGGUGGAGAGAGAGAGGCAACUGAGGAGGGAGGGGGUCUUAGUGUCUCAUGAGCUACCCUGUCAGCUGCUCAUGUAACUGCGAGAGAGGAGAACUGCUGCCCAGCAGGGGGGAAAAUAGCCAGUUUGUGCAUCCUCCCCAUCCUUGUGUUUUAUUAACUUCUACUGUAAUAAAGACGUUUGACAGACAA